UUCCGUUGCCCUGUUCAUCAGCCUCAACGCUACCUCAAAUCAAUUGAUUGCAGCAUCGACUUAUCACUUUUCGAUACUGACCUCAACGCCUCGAUCUCAACAAUUUCCCUUAGUCGAGCCCAAACUUCCCUCCUAACCACUCCCCACAGGAACAGAAACCAAGACUCUCCGGAGCACCCGUCGCCAGCAGCAGCCAUGGCGCUCGACAAUUACUAUGCCAACAAGAUCGAGGCGAUGAAGCUGGAGAUCCUCAAAGGUCAGGCUGUCCUCCGCCGUCUCGAAGCCCAACGAAAUGACUACAACUCGAGGGUACGGUUAUUGCGGGAAGAACUAGGCUUGCUACAGCAGCCCGGUUCAUACGUUGGGGAGGUCGUCAAGGUCAUGGGCACCAAAAAGGUGCUUGUCAAGGUGCAUCCAGAAGGCAAAUACGUCGUGGAUGUAUCUGAUGCCGUCGACAUUGCGAAGCUCACAGUCGGAAAGCGCGUAACGCUCCUCUCCGAUUCCUACAAGCUGGAGAAGAUCCUCCCAUCUUCUGUCGAUCCCCUAGUGUCUCUCAUGAUGGUAGAGAAGGUGCCUGACAGCACAUAUGACAUGAUCGGUGGUCUGGACCAGCAGAUCAAGGAAAUCAAGGAAGUCAUCGAGCUCGGCCUGAAACAUCCCGAACUCUUCGAAUCCCUUGGUAUUGCGCAACCCAAGGGCGUACUGCUUUACGGUCCCCCGGGUACAGGCAAGACACUAUUGGCACGAGCUGUCGCUCAUCACACAGAUUGCAAGUUUAUCAGAGUGUCGGGUUCGGAGCUGGUGCAGAAGUAUAUCGGUGAAGGAUCUCGAAUGGUGCGAGAGCUCUUCGUCAUGGCGCGUGAGCACGCGCCGUCCAUUAUCUUCAUGGACGAAAUCGACUCUAUCGGUUCAUCGCGUGUGGAAGGAUCGUCCGGUGGCGACUCGGAAGUGCAGCGUACCAUGUUGGAACUACUAAACCAACUCGACGGUUUCGAGCCCACCAAGAACAUCAAAGUCAUCAUGGCCACGAAUCGUCUCGACAUUCUAGACCCGGCUCUUCUACGACCCGGCCGUAUUGACCGGAAGAUCGAAUUCCCACCACCAAGCGUCGAGGCCCGUGCCGACAUUCUGCGCAUUCACAGCCGAAAGAUGAACCUGACGCGUGGCAUUAACCUGACUAAGAUCGCUGAGAAGAUGAAUGGUUGCUCUGGUGCCGAGCUGAAGGGUGUGUGUACAGAGGCGGGUAUGUACGCGCUGAGGGAGAGACGUGUGCACGUUACACAGGAGGACUUCGAACUGGCAACGGCUAAGAUCUUGAACAAGCACGACGACAAGGAGGUGUCGCUGCAGAAGUUCUGGAAGUAAUCUAUCAACUACACUUUGGGGUUGUUGAUGAGCCAACUCUGGAUUUUUGCUGGGAAAAUAUUCCCAGGCUUCAACGCGGAAGGGGGUCAGCACGGUUUACUACCAGACCCAAUGUAAACAGUGUAUAAUAAUUUAGACAUAAGGAGAGCGGGGCCAUCAUGGAAUGAUACGACUUGAUCCUGCAUCACCAGCCAUUUACUGAAGACAAUGGUGCAUGCCCUGGGAUUAAGUGUAUAGUUGAUGUACAAUUGCUCAAGUAACCUUAAGGCCCAGAAGACAAGAAGCCGGGAGCAGAGGCAUAGAUAGCUCUUUACAUCUAGAAGAGAGGCGAAGAAAUACCUUUCCAAACACUUAACAAGAGACAC